AUGGGCAUUUUGCUUCGUCAUCUAGUGGAAGCGUCCCUUCACAUAAGAAGUUGGUGGAUCAGACAUGGCUGCUUACAGGAGCAGGUCCCGGGGGUCCGAGUGAGUAGUGACCACAGUUUGAUCCCUAGUUUUGGUGGUCACAUAAGCCAUCGUUUGUGGACUUUGGGUUUGAUAGGGUCCACGCUUUUUGUGGACAAGAGUUCUGAUCGUGUUCGUGGAUGGUUGUACUCUUACUUCAGAGAUUUGAAGAUGGUUAGUAAGUAUGUAUGGGGUGCUGGUGCGCUUGCCUGGAUGUAUAGGCAGCUUGGGAGAUCUAGUCGAGCAGGAUCUAAAGGAUUUUAUGGGUGCUUGACUGGGUUACAGGCUUGGAUCUAUGAGUAUUUUCCUCUUCAUGUGCCACACACACAGUAA